UGUUUUUAAUAAACAUAAUGUGGGACCUAGAAAGCACACACGGGGAAUCGGCAUACAAAUAUUAGGAUAAAUAAAACACCGCAUUCAGAAGUAGAUUAGAUAAGUGGUCAGGCGUAGUUUGUUGGUCGGUUGUGUUCAAUCGUAGUGUGCGGAUCGAUGGGGAAUGUUAUACAACCUCUCGAACAACAAGAGACGGCCGCUCCGUAGAGGAGGAGGAAAACCAGAAGGCGGUUGCUAACAACAAACUGAACGACGAUCAGCUGUUUCCAGUGGAAGUCGUAGGAAGAGAAGAAAGGGUGUGUCUACCAUCCGUUCGUCCGGUUUUGGUGGUGGUACUCUGCAGAGUAGGCGAAGGCUAGAAGAUGCGUGCGUGCUUUUCGAGAAACCGAUCCGUCGUAUUCAUGUUGAUCCAUCGAUGAUUUAAUGUUUAUUUUUAACUUUACGCACACUACGUGAACGCGAUCUGCGUGCAGACGAUCAUCGAGAUGCCAAAAUUCGAUCGAUAUUUUCGAAUCGCCGAGAAGGAGACGCGUCUGGUGCCCAUCUACUGGAAAAUUUGUCACAUCCUAACGCUGAUAUGUGCGGACGCCUGCUGCUUUUUGGUGGCAUACAACUUCGAAGCUUUGCUCAACGCCUUCGGUAAAAACUGCGUGCUCAAUGCCGAUCUGGACUUCGAAGACAUCAACAAGUACAAUCAAUAUAAACCGGUGGGUCCAUACCCCUACAACAUGAGCUUCAACACUCCGUCCACGCAUUGGGGAUCCAAAGAGGACUGCAACUACUGCCUCUUCACGAACAUUUUCAUUUGCAUAGUUGGACUGAUACUGGUCUCUUUCUUUGGCAUAGUGUCUAAGGGCGGUGCCGGAAAUCGCGGAGAUGUAUACACGAGUCCCUGGACCAUCGUCUUUCCCUCCAUCCUGAUAGGUUUCGUGGUAUCGGUUGUUCUCUUCGUGGCCUACAUCAAAUUGAAUAUAGGAAUUGACGCGUUCUGCUCAGAGUUUUCUACUCAGAACAACUCCACUAGCUGUAGCCAAGACUUGAACGUCUACACGUUGAUCUUUAAUGCGGAGGAGAGAGAUGCUUACGCCUAUAUUCAGACCAUAAAAAUCUGUAAUUUCCUGGCGUUGAGCUUCUGGUGUCUAUUCUUGGCUACGCUAAUUCUUAGAUUAGUAAAAGGAAGUGACUUUAAAAUAACGGUGUAUCACCUGCGACGAAAGAACGUGAUUAAGGAGGAAGAUGACACGGAUCAGGACAACAUCUCCGAUAAUUCUACGGAACUCGGUUUCGAUCAAAGGCAGGAGGUGAUCUUAGCCGGAAAAUCGAAGAACGGCGUGACUUGGCUGUAGAAUGUUUUUUUUUGCGUGUUUUGAAUUUUGUGUUUUUUGCAACAUAUAUAUUUUUUAUUUUCACAAUGUUUUUUACUGUACUAUUUAAUACUAGUUUUGAAUAGUAAAUGUUGAGCUUAAUUGA